CUCGCAUAGCGCCAGCCCACCUGACGCUGAUUUUCUUCUUGCUCCUGUGCCGCCGUUUCAUCCGGAAUUUUUUGCAAAUGGUUGUUUUUAUUGGUCGAGCAUACAAUUAAAAAUUGAUUCCUGGGUAAUUAAAUAUUCAGCAACGUCUGGACCAAUAACAAAAAACCGAAAAGUCUAACGCGGUGGCGGCAUCGAAAAUUCCGUAGAAGCACAAAAAAGAAAAAUUUGCAAGGCAGCGCUGCGUCUGUGUGAGUGAGCGCGUGUUCGUGUGAGUGUGUGUUGACGACGACGUCGAGGAGCGAGUCUUUUUGCCUUUGGUGCGUGCGCUGUUUUUCGUAGGGAGCCAGCUCCUCCGCCCGCCCACAAAAAGAGGCGAAAAAACAGAAACAACAGCGACGCCUGCAGUCCGAAUCCUUUACCGAGAAAAAGCUGCUGCUUUGGCCAACAAAAAAAGAAGAAAAGAAAAGAAAACGUAACAACACAACCCAAACAAACAAGUGCAACUGCAAUGGAGAAGAGAAUAGAAUUGGAGCGGCGCGCACGCAAAGCCAAUCAGAUCACAGAGUUGAAUCUGGAUAAUUGCCGGAGUACAAGCAUCGUGGGCCUUACAGACGAAUAUACCGCCUUGGAAUCACUUAGCUUGAUUAAUGUGGGCCUCACCACCCUAAAAGGUUUCCCCAAGCUGCCCAACUUGAAGAAGCUGGAGCUAUCCGACAACCGGAUUUCAAGCGGCCUCAACUAUUUGACGACCAGUCCAAAGCUGCAAUAUCUCAACUUGUCCGGGAACAAGAUCAAGGAUCUGGAAACCCUGAAGCCUCUCGAAGAGUUUAAGAAUCUAGCGGUGCUGGAUCUGUUUAAUAAUGAUGCUACCCAGGUGGAGAACUACCGAGAGAAGAUCUUCAAGAUGCUUCCAUCGUUAAGCUUUCUUGAUGGUUUUGAUUGCAACGACGAAGAGGCGCAAUCAGAUGGCGAUGAUGAUGAUGAGGUUAAUGGCAACGAUUCCGAAGAGGAAGAUAAGCGCGGUGCCUUCUGUUUAAAUGGUUUAGAAAUCGAUUUAGACGAGCUAGAGGCUCUGGAGCAGCGUGUAAAGGCGAAAAAGGGGGGACAGGACAAGCCACCUCCCCCGAAGGAGGAUGAAGUAGAUGAAUUAGACGAGUAUCUGAAAGAGUUGCAGCUGAGGGAAGCCGAAGCUGUUGCUCCUGCACCGUCAGGCGAAGAACAGUCUGUGAUAAAGACAACCCAAUUGCCUCCAACAAACCAAAGCAUCAAGUUCGCUAUACUUCUCUAUUGGUUUUUGGCUAUUUUAAAUCUUGCCAAUGCCGCAUGUUUUUCCGGGGAUGAUGACGAAGAGGAUGGCGACAGCGAUGAGAGCGACGAGGAGGAAAACGGGGAGGUUUCCCUGUCCGAGGUUUACAAUGACGAUCUGGAAGAAGACAACUCCGAUUGGGAGGAAGGCGAAGGAGGCGAGGAAGAUGAGGAAGAUUCAGAUAUUGAUGAGGCCGAUGGUGAGGCUAAUGAAUCGACUGCCUCAGUAAAUGCCAAUGACAAGGACGGCGAAAAGGGCGAAGAAGAGUCGCAAGCCAGGGGCAAGAAAAGAAAGCAUGAUGGCUAAGCUUUUUGAACUGUCGCUGUAUCGUCUUGUACGUUAUAAAUUUAAAUAUAUACACCCCACACACGCCCACAAAAACACAGCCACACACACACAUCAUAUUUUGAUAGAAAAAAAUGAUUAACCAUUAGGAAACCUAAAAUUUGUUUCUCUAAAAUGUAAGAAAGAAAACAAAAAGCAAAACAAAAUCGACAUUUAAAACCUAAACCCCAGAACACAGACAGAAUACAUAGACGGAGAAAAUGAACAUAAUAAUCAAACAAACCAAGAAAAGGAAAAGAUAUGUUUAAGAAAACCACGAAGAGGAUCGGAGAUAAACAAACCAAUAAAAAACCGCAUCGCAUAACUGUAGCCUCAUCCAAACCUUAGUUCCAGUUCCAGUUUUAACCACUUCGUCACAAAACCGCUUCAAUAAAAUGGAAACAUUGUAAAAUUGCUUAGCCCCAAAGUUAUUGGAGAAUGUAUUUUACAAAUUGUACAACCAUCUGAUAUAUCUCGCUGACAACACAUACGAACGGAGAAAAUCAAACAAAACCAAUGCUUUCCGGGCAGCCUGUUUCAUUUUACAAUUGUACAAUUGCGGCUUUGUCAACGUUUCGCGUUAAAACGAUCUAUACACAAUUACUACUAAGAACUUUUAACUAACUCUUAAGUCAUUCCUUUUUUGAAUACGGAUAAGUUAAGCAAUCUCCAGCUUCAGUUCACUUUCUGCGAAAGGUGAAUAAAAGUGGAACCACAUCUUCAUUGUUACCCACCUUCCCGCUCCUCUAUUAACCUUUGAGCCUCUCUUUAUUUGCAUAUUUACACACAUCAAAACCACCAAUCAACCGAAAUUGUUUUCCUUUAAAUACUUCUAAGCAAGAUCCCCCAAUGUUUCAACAUUUUAAAGGCAGUAGUAACAUGUUUUGAUUGUUUAUGGCGAUUAAAGCGAAACAACAUUUUUAGACAAGAUUUUUCAUUUAAUAAACAAUUAUGCAACCAAUUAUUAUUAAAAA